AGCACUCCAAUAACCGAGAGAGAAUAUGCAAUGAGCUGAGCUCGUCCCCGCUGUGGAGAUGGGCUACAGAGUGGAGUCCACAUAUAUUUUGACUGGCACGAACGUUUUGCCCUGUCAUGCAUUUAUCACGGUUCUCCCGUGACCAUAAUCCAGGGAUUGGAGUCCAAGAGGGCUCUUUGAGGUGAAUGCAAGGAUUUUUUUUUUUAGCAGGUUAAAGAGUUGGAAAGGAUUUAUUUUUGUAUCGGGUUUAGGUGAUUUGGUUUUGGUAGCCUAAUUCUGCAGCAAUAACUCCGGAGGCGCUUUAACUUCAAGACGCGCUGUGCGUUCCUCUUCCAAAGAUCAACAUGAUGUCUGCCAUAGAUACGGGUACAUCUGUGUACCAACCAGCACAACUACUGAACUGGAUCUAUUUGUCUCUACAAGACUCCCACCAGCCCAAUGACUUCGAUGCGUUCAGACCGGAUUCUGAGAGUUCUCCACUGGACCUGAACAACUACAAACAGCGGUCCGCUGCUGCUGUCGACCUGAGCUCUGCGCUCAACUUCAACUAUCUUAACAACUUCUUGCAGCUCCAGAGGAAUGAGGCCUUAAACAACAAUUUGUAUAGAAGGUCCUCUCCCUACGGCUCGCUCAGCAACAUCGUAGACGGCUUGAAUUCUCUGACGGACCACUUCUCUGACCUUUCCCUCUCCUCUGAGUCACGCAAACCCAGCAAGAGACCUCCGCCCAGCUACCUGUGCCAUCUCUGCUUCAACAAAGGACACUACAUCAAAGACUGCCCGCAGGCUCGGCCGAAAGGGGAAGGCCAGACCCCAUAUCAGGGCAAGAAGAGAUGUUUUGGGGAAUACAAGUGCCCUAAAUGCAAGAGGAAGUGGAUGAGUGGGAACUCCUGGGCCAACAUGGGACAAGAAUGUAUCAAGUGCCACAUCAACGUUUACCCUCACAAGCAGAGACCUCUGGAGAAACCUGAUGGGUUAGAUGUUUCAGACCAGAGCAAGGAGCACCCACAGCACCUGUGUGAAAAAUGCAAGGUCCUCGGCUACUACUGUCGUCGCGUGCAAUAAUAACCUGUCGUUAUCUGGCCACAAGUUCAUGGAGUUGCCCCCUAGGCACUGAUCUUGGGUCAGUUUAGCAUUUUCUACACUAAUGUUUAAGGUUAGGUCUAGGGGAGGGGAAGCUGAUCCUAGAUAUCUACCUACGGUAGGGUAAACUUCACCCCGAAUUCAAGUUCACUUCCCUGGCCUUAAAUUGACAUCCCUGCGCUUUAGUUCACUUCCCUGGCCUUAAGUUCACUUAACCCUCCAGUGGUUAAUGAAGAGUUGACGCUCAUCUAAUGUGUUGUGUAUAUCUCACUAAAACCGUCAUAAUCUGUUGUACUAUAAAAACAUUUGACCUGUUUCUCUGUUCCCUACAUGUGUGAAUUGCGGACUAUUCCAUUUCACUAAGUCUAUUCAGGAUUCAAUUACUUCCUGAAUUGAAAUGGAAUUGACCCCAAACCUUGUGUGUGUGUUGUGUGUUUUAUGACGAUAUCGCUGUCAGCAUAGUAGCUCCUGCCUACCUACCCAAUGCCAAGCUGUACCUCUAGCCCUUUUUAUACCUGGCACUAACAUGCAUCCUUUGUCCUGAUGUUGUCCUCAUUCUGAUUGUGCUCACAUUUUCUGAAAAUAUGUCUGUCUACACAUGGUAUUAAAAUGUAUCAUGUCCGUCCACUGUGUCCGUAUUGUGACCAGAUUUCCUGGUUCCUCACUGUAUCCUCAUGAUUCUGACAGCCAUUCUUUCAAAGUAGUAUUUAUUUAUUUUAAGACACAAAUUGAUGCCAUAAGUCAAUGGUGCCACCUGUGAAUUAUUUUAGAAGUGUGGGAUACUGACGAUUUAAAUGGUUGACUACCUCCGGACGUGGUCAGGAAGAUCUGAUCCAAAUCAGAUCACAAUGCGUCUUUUAAUCGUCUACACCUGUCUGAAAAUGUUGACACAAUCAGAACGUGGACAAGAUCAGGACAAAGGAUGCAUGUUAGAACCAGGUAUAAAUGGGGCUUAAGUGACAUCUGUUAGGCUGGGUUUAGACAGGUCUUUGACCAAUCACAUCAGAUCUUUUUACGUCAAAUCUUUUUUCAGAGGUGAUCUGAUUGGUUAAAAGACCAAUUAGUGAAAAUAAAUAUCAGAAUUGGGCUGUCUGUCUAAACGCACCCUCUGUGUUUACAGGAUUCAUUAAUUUAGUAAUUUGUUAUAACAGUUGAAGUCGGAAGUUUUACAUACACUUAGUUUGGAGUAAUUAAAACUCGUUUUUCAACCACUCCACAAAUUUCUUGUUAACUAACUAUAGUUUUGGCAAGUCGGUUAGGACAUCUACAUUGUGCAUGACGC